UCAAUGGGCUCCCUCCUUUCUUUACCAAAUGCACUUAAGGUAGAUGAAUGCCUGAAUUAGGAAGCUUGCUCUAAAACACAAAAAUGGAGUUUAUCGACGACUAUGACGAGAGCAGACCCAGGCUCAUCUUCCAAUCUCGCUCCCAACCUUCAUCAGCCGCCAUUGAUUCACCUCUAAAUUCCCAGAAAAACAAGCCUCUACUCAUCAUUUCACUCUCUUUCUCUCUCAUCUUCCUGGGUUCUUCCUUCUUCUUUCUCCAAUCCCAGAUUAUAAAUCCCCUUUUCCUAUGGCUUUCUCUCUCUUUCCUUAUCGGUCCUUUCGCUCCUAUCUCUCUCACUGCUGGGGAUAUUCGAGUUGGGCAAGGAAAAAUCGUCGAUUUCCCCCCUGAAACGGAGGCAAUUGAUGCUGAGGAAUCCAAGAAAAAAUUGCCCAAUAGACGGAAUCGAGGUAAACGAUCUGAAUUUGAUGGGGUUAUUGCUAAUGGGUCUUCUGAUUUUGUGAAGAACAGUGAGAAUUUGGUUGAUUUGAAGGAAAAGGAUAAAGGGUUUUCGAAAUUAGGGGGAAAUGUUGAUGGGGUUGUGAUUGAGGAGAAAGAAUGGAGCGAGGAGGAUUUAGGGUUGUUGAGGAAACUAAUUGUGAAGUACCCAGUUGGGAAGCCUAAGAGAUGGGAGGUGAUUGCCGAGGGUUUCAAGGGUAGGCAUAGUGUGGAGAGUGUGAUCAGUAAAGCUAAGUCAUUGGGGAAGGAGAAACCCGUGGAUUCGGAUUCAUAUUCGAAGUUUUUGAAGGAUCGAAAGGCGGUUGAUAAGAGGGUAGAAGAUGAAAAUGUGGCUGUGGGUAAGGAAGAAAGUGGUGGGGAGGUGAUUACUUGGAGUUCAACUGAAGAUAUUGCUCUUCUUAAUGCAUUGAAAGCAUUUCCAAAGGAGGUUGCUAUGAGGUGGGAGAAGAUUGCUGCUGCUGUUCCUGGGAAAACGAAAGCGGCUUGUAUGAAGAGAGUUUCUGAAUUGAAGAAGGAAUUUAGGAGCUCUAAGGCAUCCUGAGAGAUAGUUUAAUGAGUUCCAUUCAUGUCUUUGAAUUGUGGUAAUACUCAAACGAGGAAAAUAGAGUUUAUGCGACAUGAACAUCAACAUCGGAUUAUUACUACUUUCUUCGGAAGCAUAUAUGCUAUUAUGUAUGAGAUGAGAAGGGAAUAUGUUCUGGUCAAAUACAAGUACAAAUGCAAAUACAGAAACUUCAUGCAGAUCGUAUACAAAUUCAUGAUAAGGGGAUUCAAUGAAGUCUUGAGCUUCUUUAGGUUAGGCAGUAAAUUAUUACUUGCUCAACUUUUUGUCCUCUCUCAUUUUUGGGUUUUUGAUUGUUUCUCUUCCUUUACUUAAUUUUAUUUACUUGGUGUUUAUUCCAUAAAAUUGUUGAGAGUCAAAAUUAUUAGUGUUAUUUGACCUCCUUACUAACUUUUCUCUUUCAAAUACUCUCUAGUCUUUAAUAAGUAAUAAAUUAUUUAAUCAUGUAUCAA